AUGUUGUGUCAGUCACCAGACUUGCAGACCUUCUCUUCAGAUGCCAGGGAAUUAAUUCUCCUUUUUAGCACUUACACUUUCUUUGAGAAUGAGAUGCUUUUGACUGCACUCCAGCUGUUGAUUAUAGAGAAUGUUCUCUGUGAACUUCUGAGGGCCAUGAUACCCCAUGCACAGGGAGUCAGGGACCAGUCCAUGGGCACAGUGUCCUCAGCAGAGAUCCUUUUCCUAGGAACACUGAAGUGCUGUCUCUUCUUCGCUUUGCUGGAGAGGAGUAUUCUAGACCUUUCUAGAGGGGAGCUUCUAAAGGCCUUUGAUGAUGAAAUCAAUGCUUUUUUGGACAAUAUGUUUGGACCUCGAGAUUCUCGAGUCAGAGGAUGGUUCAUGCUGGACUCUUACCUCCCUACCUUUUCCCUCACUGCCGUCUAUCUGCUUUCCAUAUGGCUGGGUAACAAAUACAUGAAGAACAGACCUGCUCUUUCCCUCAGGGGAAUCCUCACCUUGUAUAACCUCGGAAUCACACUGCUGUCCGUGUACAUGCUGGUGGAGCUCAUUCUCUCCAGCUGGGAAGGAGGCUACAACUUGCAAUGUCAGGACCUUGCCAGUGCAGGGGAGGCCGAUGUCCGGGUAGCCAAGGUGUUAUGGUGGUACUACUUCUCCAAAUUAAUAGAGUUCGUGGACACAAUUUUCUUUGUUUUGCGGAAAAAAACCAGUCAGAUUACUUUUCUACAUGUGUAUCAUCAUGCCUCUAUGUUUAACAUCUGGUGGUGUGUUUUGAACUGGAUACCUUGUGGGCAAAGUUUCUUUGGACCCACUCUGAACAGUUUUAUCCACAUUCUUAUGUAUUCCUACUAUGGACUGUCUGUGUUUCCAUCGAUGCACAAGUAUCUUUGGUGGAAGAAAUACCUCACACAGGCUCAACUGCUGCAGUUCGUGCUCACCAUCACCCACACCAUGAGUGCUGUCGUGAAACCCUGUGGCUUCCCCAUGGGGUGUCUCAUCUUCCAGUCUUCUUACAUGCUUACAUUAGUCAUCCUGUUCUUAAAUUUUUAUUUCCAGACAUAUCGAAAAAAGCCAAUGAAGAAAGAGAUGGAAGAGUCCCCAGCAGGGAAAGAAGUUAAGAAUGGAUUUUCCAAAGCCUACUUCCCGGCAGCUAACGGAGUGAUCAGCAAGAAGACCCAGUAACCACCGGGCAGCAGACAGUCUUAACAGAUGGGCUUGCUCUUAAGGCAAAGACUGAAUUGAAAGUUAUAUGUGCUUUAGCAUAAACUAAUUUCUUUUGAGUUUAUAAAUCAUUUGUGCCCAGAAUGUAUUAAUAUCUUGCUAUUAGGUUAAUCUGUUAAUUGAGUGUUUCUGUCAGCAUUGAGGUGAGGCUGGAACCUAUAGAUCUCAGAACUGGUGCAGCUUCUCCCUCCUCCCCCCAGACAUCCCCUCACCAGAAACGGGCUUCAUGACGCCUCCCACACAGCCAGGAAGCUGGGGCACUGUUUGUCACAGCAAGUCUUCAAAGAAACAGUUAAGAGUUUUGUUCACGUGAAAACCUUUAAAAGAAAAUGUAAAUUAUCUCCUAAAUACAGGGUAUGUUCUAAUCCAUAUUAAGCAAUAAUUGUCAGUGCAUAAAGUAAUUAGUCCCUCUGUUCCUUUAGGGUUCAACCCCAGAAGAUAUUAAAAUGGGAUUAUAAAUGGAAAAUCGAGCAAAACUUUUCUCUCUCUCAAGCUGUGUGUCUGUCAGAUUCCCAUGACCACUCCCAGUUUCAACAUAGUGAUAUGGUAAUGAAAUGUGUAUUUUACUUUGAAGAUUAGUUUUUCUAAGAAGAAAAAAAUAUUCUGCCAAACCCUCACAGCUCGGGGGCUUGAAGAGUUGUUCAUCAGUUUUAAUUUGGUCUCCUCAGUCAGAUCUACCUCCUGUGAAGUUGCCCCAGGUUAGGGUAGAGACACACAAUGCUCAGUGCUCAAAACAGGUCUACACCUGGCUGCCCGUUUGUUUCUGAACAAGGAUUUGAGUCCAGUCUUCCCCUGUCCUUAGAAUGAUAAGCCCUUGGGACAUUUGUAAAUCAGAAUUCACAGAGCAGUGGGCGAAAAGAGACAUUGAAUUUGUCAACUGUUUCUUGUGAACCUGUCUGGAAUAUUAUUCCCCUGUACCUGCUAUCACUCUUCGCAGGUUAAGUUUUUGAAAAUAGCAACUAAAAAUCGGAGGACUAGAGAAAGAUUUCAACACUGAGCCACGAGCUGGUAAUGAGCCACCCUGAAAAGUGCCUAUUUGGCAAACUCAGCCUCUUUUCCGGGCUCUGCAGAGCAAUCGGGACCAAGAAUCAAGCACAAAAGCACAGGAAGUCGUUGAUGGAUCUUCCUUUCCCCUCUAGGAUGGGGCUGUUACUCACUGUCACAUUGUACCAGGAGUGCAAACAGGAUAUUUUCUGAAGCUUUGAUGAUGAUCUUCACCCUAUAAAAGUAUUAUUUACCCCAUACCUUGUUUUUGAAAUACGUUGUAGUUCACAACGUUGACAUCAAAUGCUUAAGUGCCAGAAGGGCACUGUCACCGUUGCCCAUCACAUCCCAGUCUAUCGGGGGUGCCUUCCUGUCCUUGGCUUUUUAUUUUCCCGAGCUCUAGUUUUUAAGUUAUUUUUCCUGUUUAGAAAAUAAAAACACUGACUUUUAUACUGACCUUGUACACUGACAUCGUGCUGACUUUUCUGUCUUUCAUGUAAACAACCCACUCAGGGUUCUGGGUUCUGGCCCACCUUUGGAAAGUGACUGGCCUUAGGCCAGUCUUCCUGGUGAAAGUGUUGGGCCCUGGAACAUUUUCUUCUCUACUUGUCGAUCCGUUUCUAUUGAACAGACACCUCUAGAUAAUGCCCACUUACCCUUGGAAUUAUUUUUCUAAAUAGUUUUCUAAUACUGACUUGCUCUAGGGUGCUUAAUCCCCUCUUCCAUCACAUUAUAACUGUAUUGUUACAAGAUUAGUUCUGGCCCAGAAACUCAUUCAGAGCGAGGGCCGGUUGGAGAGUGACCGCCCUGCUCCUCUCUGACAGGCACAAGCCGGCCGAGGAGGAGGCCCUCGGAGCACCUGGGCUCUGGUCAGUUCCGGGCCUCAAACAUGGGCUCGGAUCUGUUCUCAGGUACAGUCCAAGUGAAAAUGAGACUCAAGACAUACAUCACUGGUCAUUCACUGUAUUCAGCUUAUUCGGUCACACCUGCAGUUCUGGGGGCCCUCGUGGCUUCACGUCUGCAGAGCAAAGGGCAGCCGUUGCCCAGCUGAAGGCCAGAGCCAGGGAGCCGGAGGGGAGAGCUGGGUAGUUACACUUUCAAGCUCAGCUUAGCGGUUUCAGGAUGCUUAUUUCCAAUUGGUCUUUAAUUCUACAAAAGCUUUAAAACACUUGUAAGCCUUAAACCAUUCAAGGGCUGGUUAAACUACACAGAGCUAUGAAAUCGUAGCCACAAAAGUUGAAUCAGGUAAAUAUUUCAACCUGUCAUUAAGUGUUACAACUUUAAAAAACACAAUGUUUACUUGUAAUGUGAUUUUCCUAAAAACAGAACUGUUUUUAAAAAUAUGUAUAAUCUGUUAAAAAAAAAUGUAAAAUUA